GCUGUUUUUUUCUUCUCUCUUUCUCGGUGGCGAAAGAGAGAAUGGGGUUAGAGGAGGAUGAUUUCGUAUUCCACGGGACGCCGAUAGAGCGCGAGGACGAAAUCGCUAGCCGGAAGAAGAAAGCCGUCGCGGGAGCUUCUGGAACCCUAAAAACCCUCCCUGCUUGGAAACAAGAGGUGACUGAUGAAGAAGGCAGGAGAAGGUUUCAUGGAGCAUUUACUGGUGGAUAUUCUGCUGGGUAUUACAAUACAGUUGGGUCAAAAGAGGGAUGGGCUCCACAGUCAUUUACGUCAUCAAGGAAGAACAGAGCUGGAGCGAGACAGCAGAGUAUUUCUGAUUUUCUAGAUGAAGAUGAGAAGGCGGAGUUUGAGGGCCAAUCACUGUCUGCGAGCUCACAAUUUGACACGUUUGGAUUUACAGCAGCCGAACAUUCUCGCAAGCAAGCUGAGAAAGAACAGCAUGAAAGGCCAUCAGCGAUUCCUGGCCCAGUUCAUGACGAACUUAUUGCUCCAGCCCCGGAAUCAAUUGGUGUCAAACUUUUGUUAAAGAUGGGAUGGCGGCGUGGUCAUUCAAUAAAGGAUGUGCGUGCUAGUUCAGAUGCUCGUAGGGAAGCUAGAAAAGCAUUCUUAGCCUUCUCCGCUGAUGAGAACACUAAGGAAUCUUCGGACUCACAGGUUUUGGAGACUGAAGCGGAAACUUCUCUGGGUCCACAGUUCAGUGAAGAUAUUAAAUUUUCUGAAACCACACCUGUGUAUGUUCUCAAUCCAAAGCAGGAUCUGCAUGGUUUAGGAUAUGAUCCUUUUAAGCAUGCUCCUGAGUUUAGAGAAAACAAAAGAUCUCGCUUGUCUGCCAGUAAGGAGGCUGGCUACAGAAAACCUUUGUCUAUGAAGGAAAGUCUUUUUGGACCAAAAUCAGGAAAGCUUGCUCCUGGUUUUGGCAUUGGCGCACUUGAGGAGCUUGAUGUCGAGGAUGAAGAUGUCUAUGCUGGAUAUGACUUUGACCAGACUUAUGUCAUAGAAGAUGAACAGCCACCAAGACCGAGCCAUGACAAUACACUUAGGUUAACCUCAAAAGAGCAUAACGUUCUACCUGGUUUUGGAGCUGCUUCCAAUUCUGACUACAGUGUAGAAAGAUUUGAUCCUCCGAAAAUCCCAAAGGACUUUGUGGCCCGGCAUAAAUUUCCUGGUCCUCGGGAGGCUGAAACUAAGCCAACUGCUUCCGCGCCUCCAGAUGUUCCUCCCCCAGAAGAUAAGAGUCUGAAACUUCUGAUCGAUGGAUUUGCAACAUUUGUUUCCCGCUGCGGGAAACUGUACGAGGAUCUUUCUAGAGAGAAAAACGAAUCAAAUCAGUUGUUUGAUUUUCUUCGGGGAGGUAGCGGUCAUGAUUACUAUGCAAGAAGGCUGUGGGAAGAGCAACAAAAGCGCGGUGAUCAAAGUAAUAUAAAAUUAGACGUUAAGGUCCCUCCAAGCGUGCAGAAAAUGACUGCAGAAACGCGUGGUAGCUUAUUAGGGGAAAGGCCGUUGCAAAAAAGUGUUAAAGAAACUGAGACUUCUGCUUCUUCUGGAGGGUCAUUCCAGUUCCCGACCAACCUCUCUGACACAUUCACCAAAUCAGCUUCCUCUCAAGAGGCAGCAGAUGCCGUCAAGCCUUUCAAAGAUGACCCGGCAAAACAAGAAAGAUUUGAGCAGUUUCUCAAGGAGAAAUACAAAGGAGGGUUACGUACAACAGAUUCCAACAGAUUCAACAGCAUGUCGGAGUCAGCUCGUGCUCAAGAAAGGUUGGACUUUGAGGCUGCAGCUGAGGCAAUUGAGAAGGGAAAAGCUUACAAGGAGGUCAGGCGUGCUACUGAACGGCCUAUCGACUUUCUUGCCGGAGGGCUGCAGUUUACUUCUGGUGGAACAGAGCAAAUUAAAGACACUGUAGUAGACAUGAAAACAAAUAAGACAUACCCUAAAAGGGAGGAGUUUCAAUGGCGUCCUGCGUCUCUUCUGUGCAAACGUUUUGAUCUUCCUGAUCCUUUCAUGGGAAAGCCGGCAGCUGCUCCGCGAGCAAGAAACAAAAUGGAUUCUCUCCUAUUCUUGCCGGAUACAGUGAAAGCUGCAUCUGGAUCGGGAGCACUCCAAGGCUCUGAUCUACAAGAACUUAAGAAAGAGCCUGAAGUCGAGGUAGAAGUGGAGAAUGUGGAGAGACCUGUUGAUCUUUACAAGGCCAUUUUCUCUGAUGAUUCUGAAGAUGAUGAAGAAGAACAACCUAUGAAUGGAAAGACACAAGAUGGUCAAGAAAAGAAGAAUGAAGCAGCUGCAACAACAUUAAACCGACUUAUAGCUGGUGAUUUUCUAGAAUCUCUAGGGAAAGAACUUGGUUUCGAAGUACCUUCUGAUGCCCCAUACCCGGAAGGAACCAAGCCAAUGGAAGCAGAGAACAAGCCCAAAGCCAAAUCAGAUGCAUCUACUGAGAGAAGACUUGGAUUGAAAGAGAAAUCAGAGGAGAAGACGAGCAGCCACAAACUCGUGUCUGAAGAAGAAAAGAAUAUACAAAAAAGAGAGAAGUCGCCAAGAAACCGGAGUGGUGGAAAUGAUCUAUCUUCGAGUGAAUCCUCAGGAGAUGAACGGAGGAGAAAACGUUCCAAGAAGGAUAGGCAUAGAAAAUAUGAUACAGAGAGCGAUUCGUCCAGUGGCCACCACAACUGGGAUAAGCAUGACUCAAGAUCAAGAAGAAAGCGGAGAGAAUCUUCAAGAGAGAAGAGAAGUAGUAGCCACAAGAAGCAUUCAAAGCAUCACAAGACCAAGGAUUCCUCUUCUUCACGAUACAGCGGAGACGAAGAACGGAGAGAGUCAAGGCGGGAGAAGCGGAGGCGAAGAGACUGAACCAAAGCUAUUUGCUGGCUUUAACUUGGGAAGAAUCAGUGAGCACUUGCAUACAUCUUUUUUGUGAAAACCAGAAACACCAUAGAAUCGAGUUAUGCAAUGAAAGAUUCUGUAGACAUACCACUGUCUCAAUGGUCAGGUGUUAUCAAAUGAUGAGCUUAGUUUAUCAUAUGAUACAGUUGGGUAACUUGGGUUCAGCGAAUCCUUAUGAGGUAGACGAUAAUUAUAUGGUCUUUUGGCUUUAUUAUUGUUAAAACAAUUGUUAACUCUUGUUUAGCCAUUUAUUUAUUAGACUUGUAUUGUUGAUCAACCUUCAGUUGCAUACGUGUCUGUAGAUUGUAGGAACAAAGUUACUACAGUUAAAAUUACUGAUUAAGCUAAGUAGUACAUCACAUUUUUAAAGCGGCUAAACAUUGGAUUUUUCCUAAAGCUUCUACUCUCUCUUGAGAGUUUUGAAUCAACUACACAACACAAAACGCGAAUCUAGAAAGGAGGGUAAAGACUCCUCGGCGCCGCUAAAUCCUGCCUUGCGUUUCAUUGGGAAGAAGUCUCCAAAACGGCACGAGAGGUCUCCAAAACGCCUUGACCGCCAACAUAGUGACUCCGACAAACAGGCAUAUAAACCAAACCAUAAUAAAGUGAACUGAACUAAACUUAAACCAAAUUAAACUAAAUCCAAACCAAACUCCAACCGAAACAACUUCGGUUUUGAUUGGGUUGAGUUUUAUAAAACCCAAAUUAACCAAACUAAACUGAUAUUUAAACCGAUAUGCCCACCCUUUUUAAGCAACCUUGACUUAACUAUGUGUAAGGAAGGAUGUCUGUCGGAAAAAAGUUCUAUAAUCAAAAUCACUGAUUAAUCUAAGUAGUACAACUAAAACACUGAUUCUUUUCCAAAGCCUCUACACUCUCUAGCGAGUUUAGAAUCAACUACACAACACUAAAACGCGAAUCAAAACGGAGGAGAGACACUCGUCACCGCCGCCGCCAAAUCCUGCGUUCCGUUUCGCUGCGAAGUAGAACUCUCCAAAACGCCCCUCGCGGUCUCCAAAACGCCUUGACCGCCUCCCACAUAAUGCCUCCGACAAACAGGCAUAUAAACCUCGGCUCCACCAAUCAACUCCCUAACUCUCUCCCCACUCUUCCUCAACGUAAACAAACCCUUCCCCCCACAAACCCCACACCUCGACGCCAGCUUCGUAACCGUAUCCGCAACCGGAACCAAAUCCAGAACCGAACCAAACCUCCUCCUCAUAAAAUCCCCAUCCAACCCCGCCACAAUUACCGUCUUACCCUCCUCAUCAGCCGCCACGCGGCAAAACUCGUACAGAUCCUCGUCCCCGAAGAACUGCGCCUCGUCGAUCCCGAUCACCUCCAACCGAUUCCUAUACGCGUCGUAACCGAAUCGGCCUUUGAAGGAGGUUAGAUCCGGUAGAGACCAGCAAGGGAACUUCUCUCCGUCGUGAGUGACGAUCGAUUCCGUGGAGUAACGGUCGUCUUUAUCCGAUUUGAUUACGGCGACGUGCUUGCCGGAUUCUCUCUCGGAGAGGAUUCGGCGGAGGAGGGUUGUGGUUUUGCCGGAGAACAUUGGUCCGACGACGACGUGUAUCUCCCCGGAGGGAUUUGAUGAGGCCUCUGUAUGUGAUUUCCGGUUUGAGACUGAGGGAUGAUGCGAAUUAGUGGAGAGUUUAUUGAGAGAGAAGGAGGAAGUGGUGAGAGGGUGGCGAGAUGUGAGGAGAGGUCUGGAGAAGAGGGAGGGUUUAGGGAAGUGAAGAGAGAAGAGAGGAGGAAGGGAGGGAGAGAUUAGUGUU